AUGUCAAACAGCAUACAACACGAAACAGCUGUUUCACCAUCUGUAAAUCAUCAUGAUGUUAAACAAUGGCAACAUUGUUCAUUAUUUAAUUUGGAUUUAUUUAAUGAUGAUAAUCAUCAUUUAAAUUUAACUAAAGAUAUAAUUAAUAAUAAAAAUAUUGUUGGUUGUUGUUGUUCAUCAUCAACACCAAAUGUUGAUGAUUCAUGUAUUAAAAAAGAUUUAAAUCAUUCAUGUUCAUUUGUUGUUAUACAAAAAAAUUAUACAACACAACUUGAACAUGUUGCUGAAACUUUAUUAGCUGAUGAAAAUAAAACAUCAAAUAAUUGUUAUUAUUGUUCAAAUCUUGAUACAAAUGACACAAAAACUCAAUCAUUUAAUAGAAAAAUUCUUCUUGGUUCAACAGUUAUACUUGAUAGUUUACUACGAAAUAAUCUUAAAACAACAUCAACAAUUACAUAUUCAAAUAAUAAUCCAACAACGAAUGUUAAUUCAACAGGUAAUCAACGACGAUGGCAUUCAGAACGUGGUAGUCGUCAUCCAAACGUUCGUGCUAAUUUACCAUUAACAUCCGCUCAACGACAAGUUCUCGAACGUUAUAUGAAUUAUCCAUUAAUUAAACCACCAACAAUGAUUCAUUCUACACGUCGCUCACAUCAUCAACCAUUAGCGGGUAAAGCAGGUGAAGCUACUGGUACAGCUCUCUCAGCUCUUGCUGAACAACCAACAACUACAUCAUCUAAUAUUGUACAUCUUCGAAAAAAUAGUGCACCAUCAAAUCAUACUCGUCCAUUAUCAUCAACAUCGUCAUCAUCAUCAUCAGCUAUGUCUCAUCAUAGUACAUUAAAUAGACGAUUUUUAGCAGAUACAAUUAAAUCUCAAGAAAAUUCUGACGAUGAAAAUGAUGAUGAUGGUCAUGAUGACGAUGAUGAUAAUAAAUCUAUAUCAUCUGAACUUGAUCAUACAAUUGAUGAAGAAAAUAGUGAUAUUAAUCUCACAAGUAUCCUACCGAAUCAUCAUAUAACUUUAUGUGAAACAUUAUCUGAAUGUGCUAUAUGUUGCGAAAUGAAACGUCUUCAAAAUCGAUCUUGUUGUAAUUUUUAUGCAUGUUCAACAUGUUUAAAUAUUUAUGUUGAACAACAAAUCAAACAAGGUAUUGUUCGUAUACAAUGUCCAAAUCGACAAUGUAAAAUUUAUAUGCAUCGGGAUGAAAUUAAUAAACGAUGUAUAUCACCAGAAUUACGACAAAAAUUUACACGAUACUUGGUUGAUGCAAAUCGUUCAAAUAAUGUUAAAACAUGUCCACGAUGUUCUAAUAUUCAUGAAAUAGAUCCGGAAGUUUUUCGUACAAUGCGUCGUGCGCCAACUAAAGUUCAAUGUGUUGAAUGUAAUUUAAUUUGGUGUUUUCAAUGUCAUUCACCAUGGCAUGAUGGUAUACAAUGUAAGGAAUUUCGUCGUGGUGAUCGAAUGUUAAAAAAAUGGGCAAGAGAAGUUCAUUAUGGACAACAUAAUGCACAACAGUGUCCAUCUUGCAAAGUAUAUAUUCAACGAACUAAAGGUUGUGAUCAUAUAGUUUGUCUUCGUUGUAAAACAGAAUUUUGUUAUAAAUGUGGUGGUCGUUUUCGAGAUAUUAAAUUUAUUGGUGAUCAUUAUAGUGAACUAAGUGUACUCGGUUGCAAAUAUCGUUUUUAUCCAGAUCAUCCAUUUAAACGUCGACUUAUACGAGGUUCAAUUCUAUGUGGAAAAAUUUUAGCAGCACCUCUUGUUUUAUGCUUGGCUGUUGUUGCUGGUGCAGUUUGUGCCGGAAUUGGACUUCCAGCUUAUUGCUGUUUUAUGCUUGUGAGACAUAUUAAAGCUAAACGACGGCGACCUCAUUCAAAACUAAAAGAACCUGUUUUAAUGAGUUAUAAGACACUCAAUGAUAUGGUACCACAAUUAAUACCACGUGAUCCAGUGAAUAGUGAUGGUAUUAAACCAGGGUUUAAUUCAAUUCGAUCGAAUAUUCAAAUAAAUGAAACAAUUAAUGUAGAAAUUGAUCCAAUUAGUAAUGCUCCAAUUGCUGUUUUUGAUGGUAUGAAAUACUAA